AUGAUGGAAAACACCAGUAUUGUUGGGUCACUCUCAUUUGAUCACUCACCCCAUCUUGUGUAUUUGGAUCUUAGUUUCAACCAUUUGAAUGGAUCAAUACCUGAAUUCGAGGUCAGUAAAGUUGCCUCAUUACAAUUUUUGGAUCUUUCUCAUAAUCAAUUGAGUGGGACAGUUCCAUAUGCUAUCGGGCAACUUCCUAACCUCAGCUACUUGUCUCUCUCAUCAAAUCAUUUGAACGGUAUCAUUAGUGAAACACAUCUUCUAAAUCUAUCAGAAUUGAAAGCAUUAGAUGUGAGUCGAAAUUCACUUCAAUUUAACUUGAAUCAUAAUUGGGUUCCACCUUUCCAACUGCAACAAUUAUGGGCAUCAUCAUGCAUUUUGGGGUCUCAAUUUCCAACCUGGCUCAAGUAUCAAAGGAAUCUUCAAGUGCUGGAUAUCUCUAAUACCAGUAUCAUAGAUUCGUUUCCUGAAUGGCUUUGGGACAUAUCUUCAAAUUUGUUAAGCUUCAAUGUUUCCCACAAUAAACUUGGAGGAGUCUUACUAAAAUCCUUACCCAAUACAAAUCCAGAGAGUGCAACUGUAUGGGAUUUUAGUUUCAACAAUUUGUCUGGUCCAGUGCCUACUUUUCCACAAAAUCUAGGUAGUCUAUUUCUCUCAAAUAACAUGUUUUCAGGGUUUGUAUCUUUCUUUUGUACAACGUCACCAAAGAAUUUAGCCUAUCUUGACUUGUCCAGUAAUUCACUAGCAGGGCCACUUCCAAAUUGUUGGGAGAAAUUUAAAAGUUUGAAAGUUCUGAAUUUGGCACACAAUAGAUUAUCUGGGAGAAUACCUAAGUCAUUUGGUACUCUAAGGCAAAUUAAGUCAAUAGAUUUAUGUAGCAAUAACUUCUCUGGUGAAAUUCCAUCUUUGACUCGUUGCAGAAGCUUAAAAUUCAUCGACUUUGGGAAUAACAUUCUCCAUGGAACAUUACCAACAUGGAUAGGCCACAACCUGCAUCAUUUGGUUGUUUUAAGUCUGCCAAAUAAUAAGAUCCAAGGAAGCAUACAUGCCAGUCUAUGUAAUCUAAGAUUUCUUCAAGUUUUGAUUCUCUCUUCCAACAAUAUUAAAGGGGAAAUACCACAUUGCCUCGGUCACAUUGCUGCUUUGUCAAAUAUAAAGUUCGAAAGACAAAUUCUUUUCUAUCGUCCAUAUGGAUAUUCUUUUGAUGAUAUUACUCAAACUAAAACUCUUAAUGAUGAAGUCACUUUGGCAUGGAAAGGACAAACCAGGGAAUAUGGGGAAAUUCUUUGUUUUGUGAAAUUCAUUGAUCUUUCUGGUAACCUCUUAACUGGAGAGAUACCCCAAAGUAUAACAACACUUGUGGCCCUAGCUGGUUUGAAUCUUUCCGGAAAUAAUCUCUCAGGAUUUAUCCCCAGCACCAUUGGUCAUAUGCAAAGGAUGGAAUCACUUGAUUUGUCAAGAAACCAUCUUUAUGGUGAAAUUCCAGCAAGCCUUUCAAAUUUGACUUUUCUCAGUUCGAUGAACUUGUCUUGCAACAACUUAUCUGGCGAAAUUCCAAAAGGCACUCAACUACAAUCCUUUGAUGCUUCUUCAUAUGUGGAAAACAGUGGACUUUGUGGCCCACCACUCCCAAAUCAAUGCCCAUGGAAUUUGAUUCCAUCGUCCAGAAGAGUUGAUAAGAAUGGCAUUGAGGAAGACGAGGAUGAACUCAUAAACUUCGGCUUUUACUUCAGCGUCGUUUUGGGAUUUUAUGUUGGAUUUUGGGGUGUUUGUGGAACUUUAACUCUUAAAAGUUCAUGGAGACACGCGUACUUUGGGUUCUUCAACAAGAUAUAUGAUUGGACAUAUGUAACAGUUGUUGUCUCUGUGGCAAGAAUGAAAAGAAGAUUCGAAAUGCAACACUGCUAG